AGCGAUCUUCCGGUGUUGGUAGCGAUCUUCCGGUGUUGGUAGCGGUCUUCCGGUGUUGGUAGCGAUCUUCCGGUGUUGGUAGCGAUCUUCCGGUGUUGGUAGCGAUCUUCCGGUGUUGGUAGCGAUCUUCCGGUGGAGGCGGCGGCGGCGGAGAACUUCCGGUGGAGGCGGUAGCAGCGAGCGAGCGAGGGAGCGAGCGGCCGGCCGAGGGCUUCUCCCACCGCGUCGCUUCCCGCCCCCCAACACCCCCCGCGGCCUCCGCUUCGUUCGCAGCCGCAGCGGUGCAAGGGGCGCGGGCGGGCGAGCGAGCGGUGAGGGCGAGCGGGCGGGAGAGCGAGCGGGCGACCAGCCGGUCGCUGCUUUGCUGCUGAUCCCUGGGACGCGGCGGCCGACGAGGAGGCCGGAGAGAAGAGGAGGAAGGGAGGAGGAGGGGACCGAGAGCGAUGGCGACGGCGAGGAGGAGGAAGGCGGAGGAGCGCGGCGUGAGGCGACUGCGCGAGAUGACGGCGCUGCCGCACAACCGCGCGUGCGGCGACUGCGGGCAGCGGGGCCCCACGUACGCGGACAUGACGGUGGGCUCGUUCGUGUGCACGGCCUGCAGCGGACUGCUGAGAGGGCUGAACCCCCCCCACCGAGUCAAGUCCAUCUCCAUGACGACGUUCUCACAGCAAGAGAUCGACUUCCUGCAGAGCCACGGCAACGAGGUGUGCCGCGCCACGUGGAUGGGCCUGCACUCGGAGCGGGUCGGCAGCCUCCCCGACCACAAGGACUCGCAGAAGACCAAGGAGUUCCUGCAGGACAAGUAUGAGAAGAAGCGAUGGUUCAUCCCCCCUGAGCAGGCGUUUGCGGCUACCGAGGGGGCGGCUGGCUGGACCAGCGCCGAGAGCGGUGGGGGAGCCCCUCCCUCCAUUGCCCAGGGCAACACUGUCACACAGCCCGCCGUGUCGAUUCGCCCGCCCAGGCCGGGUGGAGCGAACGUGGCUGCUGUGGUGGCGCCGGCGGCCGCCUCGGCCGUCACCGCCGCCGCCGCCGCCACUUCGGCGGUGGACCUUCUGGGCGACCUCGGAGUCGGAGUGGAUGCCGGCCCUGCAGUCAAUCCCAGGCUGGGCACGGCGGCCAGAGGCGGACAGCAGGCGGAGUUCACAGCAUUCUCCUCCGCGGCCGGAGGAGCAAGUUCCGGGUUCGCUGACUUUGACGCCUUCGGUUCAUCUGACUUUGGUGGCUUCGUGAAGCCCAGCCAGAGCUUCCCUGGGCCGGCACAGUGUUCCACAGCAGCAGGCCCCUCGCCCUUCUCCCCGUUUGAAGGCUUCCCCAAGUCGUCCACCAUCGACUUCAGCACCGUGGGGGUCCACCACGGGGGGGCCCCCCUCCUCGUCAACGCAGCAGGGGGCCCAAGGGGCCCCCCCCGCCCCGUCAACGCAGCAGCAGGGGGCCCCAGGCGGGGCGAACGCCGACCGCUAUGCAGCGCUGGCCGACCUGGACAACCUGUUUGGAGCAGGGCCGGCGUCACAGGGUGCUGAGGGCAGCCGGGCCUCCCAGGCCGCCCUAGCCGGAGACCCCUUCGCUUCCGGGUCAAAAGCAAGCCACGGAUUCACGUCGGCGGCCCCGCCGUUCGCUUCGGGGGCUGCCCCAGGGCACGCCUUCAAUUCCGGGGCGACAGGAAGUCAGGGCUUCACUUCCGGGGCGGCAGGAAGUCAAGCGUUGUUCACUUCCGGGGCGACAGGAAGUCAGGCGUUCCCUUCUGGCGUGGACGUGCAGAGCUUCCCCGCGGCCACGAGAGUGAAUCCCUUCCAGACGAAUGUGACUGGACUCCCGGUGCAAGCGCAGCAGCAGCAGCAGCAUCAACAGCAGCAGCAGCAGCAUCAUCAUCAGCAGCAUCACAGCAACUUCCUUGGGCAGCAGGCCUCCUUUCAAGGGCAGCAGAUGGCAUUUCCAGGGCA